UCCGGGUCGUUCUGUUGUUGUUGUCUCCAACUCGUCCAGUUUUGCUCGGGAAUAUUUUUCUGAAACGUGUCGCAAUGAUGUAGAAAUCUGACUAACAGAAGACCAGCAGGCUUUCCAUGAGCCGUGUGUGUUCCUGUGAGGAAAGAGUGGACUGUAUGGGGUUUCAUAAAUUAUUAAUUUAUUUAUUAUUAAUCGGAAUCAGAAUCAGAACCGAGUUUUUUGCCAAGUCCGUUUUCACAGGGAAGGAAUUUGCUUUGAUGGUUGGUGCUUGAACAGGAGAGGAGAGUGCAGCUUCAGUGGGAGACGUUUUUGUAUGGUCCGAGUGUCUACAUCCUCCCCUCCCUCGUUUUUGAGCAGGUGCACUUUCCAUGUGGUCCUCGUGCCUGCAGUCCUGGUUUUGUUUUUUGGACCUUCAAAUCUGUGUUUUGCGUGUGAGGGGGGAAGCAUCCUCCCAAUAUAACGGACACAGAGAGAGAGAAUGUGGCAGAGUCUCGGCUUGACUGUGCUGGUCAUCGUGGCCACUCUCUUCUGCGUGUUGCUCUUCAUGGUCUUCGGUUGGUACGUGGUGUGGCAGCUCUUCCUGUCCAAGUUUAAGUUCCUGCGAGAGCUGGUUGGGGACACGGGGUCGCCACAGGCCGAAACGGAACCCUCGGAAUCGGAGAGCGAACGCAGCUCCCCUCCGACGCCCCGCCAUCGAACCAAACCCACACGCCAAAGAGUUGCUUUUCCAAGCAGCAUGACGUAAAUUUCAAGAAAAGCACAGUCAGGCUUUGAAACGAAAUUUACGAAUGAGCCAGUGAGAAAGCAUUUGCCCCCGACCUGCCAAAAAUAAAACGUAGGGGUGCCAAGCAGAAUUCAAAUGCUUAAUAUCGAUGUGUAGAGUCGUAGCCGUAGUCUAUACAGCAUUUUCCUUGACUAAAAGUACAGCCUUCACCUCUCUUUCCUUUCAUUUUAUUAUUCCGUUGUCAGAAACUCCGUCAGUAAUUAGUGUUUGUCCGCUUGGCGAUCACUUCCAGACAUUUUACGAUCAAUCCCAAGUCGUCUGUUUCUCUGAAAAGCGUUUCACGACUGCGUAAGACAUCGCGGACACUUGGAAGACACUUGAACUCCAUUUUCUGUUGCAAGUUCGCUGCGCCUCCUUCGACUGACUUGCCAUCAUGCUGCUAACCAUGUCUUUGAUCCACAUCACAGGUGCUAGGUGAGACGGAACCGUAAAAGGAGACGUAAACAAUGCUCUGAAUGCUAAACAUGUGAUGCAAACUGACAAAACUGUCUGAUUUUACUCACACUCAACUCUUUUAGAUGUCCAACAUGCAAUGCAAGGAGGAAUGUACCAAUCAGCUGCCAGUAAAUAGGCCCCGCCUCUUCGCAAUAAGCCCUUUUCGUGUUCUGUAUGCGAUACGGGGUGGGGGGUGGAGCUUUGUGUAGCCACUCAUCUAGGAUUCACUUUUUUUUUCAACCAUGUUAAAGUUGAAAAUUUAAAGUCAGAUCUGUUACGAGUAGAAAUGGACUCCGACAGAAAGCUCCAUCUCCACUGAAACAGCGUAAAAGCAGCAUGGAAGCUGUUAGAUUUUGUUUUAGGAUCAUUUCUGUUAUGGCAGCAGCUGUAAUAUUCCCUUGACAAUAAAAGUAUUGGAUACAACCUUCCAAA